AUGUCGUCCAGCUGCAGCAGCAGCAGCAGCAGCAGCAGCAGCAGCAACAGCAGCAACAGCAGCAGCAGUAGGAGAAACAAUAACAAUAACGGCAGCAUCAGCAGCAACAUCAAUAAGGCAUGCAACAACAGCAGCAGCAGCAGCAGCACCAACAACAACAACAGCAGCAGCAGCAGCAGCAGCAGCAGCAGCAACAGCAGCAGCAGCACCAACAACAACAACAGCAGCAGCAGCAGCAGCAGCAGCAGCAGCAACAGCAGCAGCAGCAUUAGUAUAAACAAGAACAAUAACAGCAUCAUCAUCAUCAUCAGCAGCACCACCACCAGCAGCGACAACAGCAUCACCAGCAUCACCAGCAUCACCAGCAGCAGCAUCAUCAGCAACAGCAGCAGCAGCAGCAGCAGCAGCAGCAGCAACAGCAGCAUCAUCAUCAGCAGCAACAGCAGCAUCACCAGCAGCAUCAUCAACAUCACCAGCAGCAGCAGCAACAGCAGCAGCAUCAUCAUCAGCAUCACCAGCAUCACCAGCAACAACAGCAGCAGCAGCAGCAGCAGCAACAGCAACAGCAGCAGCAGCAGCAGCAGCAGCAGCAGCAACUUACAUAAUCAACAAGCUGAUGGGUGUCUGCAAUAG